AUGAGGGUGCAGAGGAUUGAUUCACUGGUGGUGCCUUGGAGAACACCACCACUAGUGCCUGAAAACAUGAAGGAACUUGGAAGCUUGAGCUUGUUGCCCAACCAAUCAAUCACAACCAUUUCGAGCUCGGUAGACUCCGACGAGGCAAGCCAGUUGAAGCCCACUAAGUUGAAACAAGUACAUAACAUCUCUCCGAGGAAAGCCACCGAGAUCACAGUGGCCGAAAAGAAUGCAAAGAAGUUGGGGCUUAGCCAGUGGUUCAUGCCGGGGACUUUAUCUUUCUGGACAUCUCUAAGAAUAUUUUCAAAUGGUUUCGGUCGAUUCGGGGAGGCGGGCUCGGAGAUAACCAGAGUAAACGCAAGUUUCGAAAUGGUGAUGGUGGUAGCGGAAGUGGUAGAAGAAGAGGCGGCGGCAGAAGUGGUAGAAGAAGAGGUGGUGGUAGAAGAGGUGGAAGAGGCGGUGGUGGGGAUGGUUGGGAUUAAAUAUGGGAAGAGAUUGGGGAUGGCAUAA